UGUCACUAAAUCAAAGAAUGUCAGAACACAACAGAGUUCUUGACGGACGGGUUACAAAACAAAGCACGUUUACAAAAAAAUAUUUUUAAAAACAAAACUCCGAGGAAUUAUCAGUUUAUCUAAAAGAAAAAGAAAAUAUAUUUCGAUAAAAAAAAAAAAUAACAUUUGGAAAAAUAUAUUAAUAAAAAAUAAAGGAAACCUAAAGAUUUUGCCAAAAUGAAUUACAUUGAUGGAAUGGUGCUUUUAAAUAAACGAACCCUAAAAGACAAGGUUCGUUAAUAUUAUUUACUAUGGUCCCUCGUAUUACACAGCGCUCCUUACCAAAUGUUUGACGGCACCGAUGAAAAAGAAGAAAAAAUAUUUAUCAAGAACUCUGCAUCGAUUUUUGAAGAGUCUUUUAGAAUGUAAACUACCCUCACUUGUGUGUUUAAGUGUGGUACCACCGGAUUUCUGUUUUGUGAUUACGAGGAUUUCGAGGAAAUUAAUUUAUCUGAGUAAUUAACAAGUAAUUAUCAUUCUUUCUCUUGGAAUCUACUGUUUUUAAUUAUCUUUUUGGAUAUCUUUAUUUCUUCUUCGCCAAAAUAUAAAACUGACAUUCUGUAUAACAGGGAAACAAAGGUUUAUCUCGCUGUAAAAGCAUCAAGUAAAAGUGAGAUAAUUAAUCUUCGUCAGAAGGAGAUAUUAAUUUCGGUUUAAGACAAGGAUUGCUGAAAUAACUUCUUAUAAUUAGAGAAACCUUUCGAAAAAAAAACCAUAUUUGUUGAACGAAUGGAAAAAUAAAAAUAAAAGAUUAUCAUUUUCAUUGAUAACAAGGAACGAAAGAUAUAUACAAGUCAUAGUGAAGAGAAGCAAAUAUCAAGAAUUUGUUUUUAAUAAGACGACAAAUUCUUUGAACAUCGAGAAAUGUUUGAGUAAAAGACGUUGAGAAAAACAAGAAAAGGAAACUAGCCUCUUACUACGACCUGAUGGCUUCCUAAUAUUAGUCUUGUUUUUCAUGUAGAUUGAAUAACAGUAAUCUAUCUCUGGCUUUCUGUGAUACGUCAGUGUCGACCGAGUAAAAGCGCAAGUUGGUUAAAGAAUUGAGGGAAAACCCCCUCCUUGUGAUAAUUCUCGCUUUGAAGUUCCCACCUCAUCACAUCUUAGUUCUAUGAUGAGGGAGAUUGAAAAAUUUUGAAUUAAACUGUGUAAUUAUAAAGUUAAAUUGUUAAUUAAAAAUGUGUUAAUGACAUAUUAGAAUUGGGUGAAUGAGAGAGAAAGCAGGUGAAAGAAAGCAAAGUGUGGAAGAAUUUUUUUUGUAAAUUGUACCUAAGAAAGAGAAACUAAGGCGAAAGAUAAAGACGGCAUUAAGUAGCAAGUAGUGACUGAAAUGGUAUUAAAAGACUGGGGGAGAUAUUUAUAUAUAAGAAUAAAGACUUCUUAAGUAGCUCCCUAAUAGUGAUAAGAGCUUUCAGAUAAUGAGUGGAGGGGUAAAUAAAGUUGAACGAAAGGGAACAGGGAGCAGAAUGAUCCAUCAAAGUGGGUACAUUCAUUGAAGAAGAAUUCUUUAAAAGUUUAACCAUUCCAGCAAGUUACCGGCUGUAAACUUGUUGACAAAUAUAUAAAUUAAAGACGGGACAGGAGGAGGUGAAGUAAAGCUUUCAAGUUUUCGUUUUUAAUUCGAUCUUGACAAAUAAAAUCUAAUAUACUAAUUCUAUGUGUGUGUUGAAGAAAUUAAUUUUUCAAAAAAUAUCUUGUUGAAUAUUUGUAUUUAUUGCUAGAACUACUUGUUAAAACCAUAUUCUAUAGAACUGACUGAUAAAAAAAUUAUUUGAAUAUUACUAAAAACAAAACAAAGACAAUAAUUUGUAUUUUGAAUGAUAUUUAAAUCUGGAAAACAUUCACCCAACUAAAGUUGUAUAAGAUUUAAACUACUGUGAUAUAUAAAAACCUGUGGAUAUAUUUUUUUAAUAAGCAUAACCAAGAAUUAAAGCGGUUGGUCAUCGCUUUAAAAACUAACCUGUUUUCUGUCAGCAAAGAAUCGCUUCAACUAUUAUUGCUACUACUAACAAAGGUCGCUGAUAAUCGAUAUUUAUUUGCUACAAACUGUAAUUGACAAUGAUAAAUAUAUUAUUUUUAGGUCACGUGUAGGAAUUAGAGAGAAAAUAUUUACAUAAAAACGAGUAAAACGUCCUCAUGAGCACGGUCCAAACAAUACCACGAAUUGGAUACAUCCAAGUCGUUAAGUCUGCUUUUAAAAAGGCAAGAGUGAAUUAAAAGACCGGACAAAAAAAGAGAAGGAAAACAAACAAAUUGUGAGAUGGGCCAAAAACUUGUCAGGACAGAGAUUAGGAAAGGUCUUCGAGCGUAUGAUGAACACCGCUAUGACGAAGCUGUUCAAACUUGGCAAACUGUGUUGGCCAGGGUGAAAGACGAUAGCAAAAAAUUCGAAAUUCUUGGUUACCUUUUGAGGGCCCACGAAGAUGCAGGCAGACUGAAACAAAUGUUGCUAAAUUCCGUGGCCCAAUUGAAUUUAAUCACUGCCAGAUAUCAAGCUAAACAAAAGAAAAGAAAAGACAGAAAAGUGAGCAAGAGUAAUAAAAAGAAAGUGAAGAAAGAAAGUAAAAAGACGCGUAAAACGAACGAAUAUUAUUGGAAACAUUUGUCCGUUGCUUACUUGAAUUUAGCACGGAGCAACGUGAAAUUGUGCGAAUAUCACAAAGCCAUUUGUUAUAGCCAUCACUGUAUCCAGACGGAAAUGUUAUUAAAUGGUAAAGGAUCGAAUGAUCUGACCACUCUGCCUCGCUACUCACCGCUGGUCGUAACCCUCAGCCCUGUUGCUAGUAUUUCUCAUCUGCCACUGCAUGGUUAUGCUUACCUGACUCAAGCGCAGGCCUAUGUCGGUCUGGGAGAAUUCCCUAAAGCUUUACAACACUAUGACGUAGCACUGGAAGUUGCCAAUGCCAGAUGCGAUUCGAUUUUAGCCAUGUUGGUCUGCAUUGGGUAUGGUGACAUGUUCCUUUCAUUAGGUGACACUUUCUCAGCCCUUGGCUGGUAUAAACGUGCCUAUGGACACUUAAAAACUCCGAAAAUUUCCGAGACACGCAGUGGCCCGCAACUUUGUCCGGUUACCCCGGCAGCAAGCCGGUACCAACGUUUACUAAACCAGCGGGUAUCGGACUGCAAUCGGAAAAUGGGUAGAACUGUCGAAGCUAUGGAAACAUGUGAGGAGGCCAUGAGGUUAGCUUUGAAACACAGUGACCGCUUACUGCAGGGAAAAUGCCUUAUCACAUUUGCCAAGAUACACAAUAGCAACAACGAUAUUGAUCGUUCAGUACCUAGAUUUGAAUGUGCUUUAUCUAUUCUGUCUGAAAUUGGAUUUCGGUCAGGAGAAGCAGAAGCAUUUCAAGGAUUGGCAGACACAGCAGCAUCUCAAAGAAAUUUCCGUUCAGCAAUUGAUUUCAACCUGAAGGCCUUAAAUACCAGUCGAGCGAUUGGAAGCAAAUUGAUAAUGUUGAAGUGUCAUGAAAAUUUAAAGGGCUUAUAUGGCUGGCUAAAUGAAAAAGACAAAUCUGCUUUCCAUGAUCGAUAUGCCCAACAGCUGAUUCUAGAAAUGGACUUAAGGUGUGAUGUAUGUGGGGAGACAAUUGGUAAUGUCCGAGCCCGUCUUGAUCAUCUUUCAUGUGGCCAUAUUAUACACAACAGAUGUGCUAGUCAUUUAAGUCGUUCUACCCUUGGAAGAUCCAACCGAAAGCGGCCAUGUCCAUCUUGUCGGCGCAAAUCUUUCCUCGACCCAAUGUGUUAUGCGUAACACUAACAUUAACAAUAAUUUAAUGCUAUACAAAAUUAACGAUGAUGACAACAAUAUUAAUAAUAAUAAUAAUUAUUACUACAAUAAAACUGUUAUAGUAAAACCAAAA